AUGACGCGAAAGACCACUUAUAUCAGUGUCGACGGCACAAGUUUCUCCCUACACGGCAAAAAUGUCUCCUAUCGUUUCCAUGUGGACGAAAGCAGUGGAGACCUGCGAUCCGACCAUUUUGGUCGCAGUAUUACGGGCGCCAUUCCAACCGACCCAGCGCCGGCCGUAGACGACGUUUGGACUAAGACGCCGGACCGUGUGCGUCGCGAGUUCCCCGAUCAAGGACGAGGAGACUUUCGGAUUCCUGCGAUUCGACUUAUCCAGUCAGAUGGUUAUGCCGUAUCAGCCUUGCGUUAUCAAUCACAUGUUGUAUUGCAGGGAAAACCGGCCUUGCCUGGUUUACCAGCUACAUUCGGCAACGCAGAAGAUGUCAGCACUCUGGUGGUCCAUCUUUUUGACGAGUACAGCGAGGUUACCGCAGAUCUGAAUUAUUCAAUUAUUCCCAAGUACGACGCCAUCGUGCGAAGUGUCAGUGUCACCAACAAGGGAAAGAGCAAUAUCUCAGUUGAGACACUGGCUAGUUUAAGCGUGGACUUUUCCAGUGAGGAUUUAGAGAUAGUGGGCCUUCGGGGCGACUGGGCGAGGGAAGCACAGCGUCAAAGACGGAAGAUUGAAUAUGGCGUACAAAGCCUCGGAAGUGCAACUGGAUUUUCGUCCCAUAUACACAAUCCUUUCCUCGCCCUAGUGCAUCCCUCUACCACUGAGUCAAAAGGGGAGGCUUGGGGAUUCUCCUUGGUAUACACGGGUUCCUUCGCCGGACAUAUCGAAAGGGGAUCACAGGGGUUAAUACGCACGACGCUAGGGUUUCACCCAGAUCACCUUUCGUGGUCCCUAGCCCCAGGCGAGACAUUGACAUCGCCUGAAUGUGUCUCUAUCUACUCUAGCGACGGGCUAGGAGGCAUGUCUCGUUCGCUCCAUGGCCUAUAUCGUCACCAUCUCAUGAAAAGCAAGUUUGCCACCGAAGGUCGGCCAGUGCUAUUAAACAGCUGGGAAGCGCUAUACUUCAACAUCGAUCAGGACAACAUGCACCGCCUGGCAGAAGAGUCUGCAGCGCUCGGCGUGAAAUUGCUUGUCAUGGAUGAUGGCUGGUUCGGGAAAGAGUACCCGCGUACGUCAGACGCCGCAGGGUUAGGAGAUUGGGAGCCUAAUCCUGCGAGGUUUCCUGAUGGUCUGGGCCCGAUGGUCAGCAAAAUAACGUCCCUGAAUGUCGCCAACUCUUCAGACAAAUUGCGCUUUGGGAUCUGGAUCGAGCCCGAGAUGGUGAACCCACAGUCAACUCUAUACCACAAACAUCCUGAUUGGGUGCUCCACGCAGGCAAAUAUCCACGCACCGAACAACGGAACCAGCUUGUGCUCAAUCUCGCUUUGCCGGAUGUACAAGAGUUUAUUAUAAACUCAAUCACGGAUCUUCUUCACAGUGCAAGAAUUACCUAUGUGAAAUGGGACCAAAAUAGGGCGAUAUCGGAGAUUUCCUCACCGAGCGGUAACCAUGAGUAUAUGUUGGGAUUAUACCGCAUUUUCGAUGUGCUCACAUCACGCUUCCCAGACAUCCUAUGGGAAGGUUGUGCCUCUGGUGGUGGACGAUUCGACCCGGGGGUUUUACAGUUCUUCCCGCAGAUCUGGGCGUCGGACAAUACCGAUCCGAUUGACCGUAUCUUUAUCCAGUUCGGUACCUCGCUUGUAUACCCUGCUAGCUCUAUGGGCGCACACGUUUCUGCGGCGCCAAAUCAUCAAACUGGACGCAUAACUCCUCUUUCCUUCCGGGCCCAUGUCGCUAUGAUGGGUGGUUCAUUUGGGUUUGAACUUGACCCAACUGACCUGUCGGAGGAAGAGAAAAUGGAAAUUCCAAAAUUGAUUGAAUUGGCAGAUAGAAUAAGCCCUACUGUACUGACCGGAGAUUUAUGGCGCUUGAACUUGCCAGAAGAUUCCAAUUGGCCAUCGGCGCUCUUUAUUGCUGCGGAUGGCUCUCAGGCGGUACUGUUCAUUUUCCAGCUUGCUCCGAGGGUCAACUAUAUGAUGCCACGAGUCAAACUGCAGGGUUUAGACCCACAGGCUGAAUAUUGUGUUGACGGACGUGGACCCUUUUCAGGCUCCGUGCUGAUGAAUGUUGGGUUGCACUAUUCUUUUCAAGCAGAAUAUGCGAGCAGGGUGGUCUUUUUGGAGAAACAAAUAUCCUAG